CCCAGUCCCAGUCCCAGCUACAAUCGAAGACAUUGUGGGAUUACACGUACCGUUACUGUUUCGGAUGCUCGCGGCGGCCCGCGGAUACAGAGGUUAAAAAUAGCUUUGCAACGACACAGAUUAAAAAGUGAAACCUGCGCUGAGCCCAGCCUAAAAAAGGGGUGACGGACUCUGAGCGCUGAGAAUGCGUCAGAAAUGCGGCACCGUUUACACCUGGAACUGUGCUGGCGAGCUGUAUGGCAUCGAGUGCGCCCUUUGCGAGGAGCGGCCCCUUUGCACGCUAAACGAGUUCACAACGCAUAUGGUGGUCUGGCACUCCGACUGGGGGGCCGAGGCGGCAGAAGCUUCCACGGAUGACGAGGCGAAUUCAGCUGCACCUGGAGCCGCCGUAGAUGAGCUGAUGCAGGAGGUGCUGGCAGAGCAGCGUACCAGCGAAGCCGACAAUGAGUUAAAGCAACAGCUGGUCCAGCAGCUGAAUGCCAUGGAUCAGCCAGUGGCAGAAACAGAGGCAGGGGCAGCAGCAGCAGCAGCAGCAGCAGCAGCAGCAGCAGCAGCAGCAGUAGCGGAACCGACCAUUGUCAGUGAGCAAGUGAAGUUCGCCCUUGAGAAUCCAGCGCCUGUGCCUGAGGGCCAGCGGCUGACCACUCAGCAUGUCAACCAGCUUAUCGAGCUGUACCGCGCGGAGCCACGUCUCUGGAACCAAUCGCAUUCGGAGUUCCACGAUACGGACCUGUGUCGCAAGUCCUGGCGUCGUAUAACGGACACCUGGAGCGUGCACUGCGGCCGCCGCUUCACUGUCACCGAUGUCCGCAUACGAGUAUCCACGCUGUGCCAGCGCUUCAUCAAACAGCGCGAGCGCCUCGAAGCUGACGGCGAGCUCGACGACGCUGUCAAGUUCGUCCACUACGACCAGCUGGGCUUUCUCUGCAAGCAGCAGGCACUGCUUAAGCGCCAGCAGCACUUCGUUCGCGAGAACCGCAAGCUGAUCGAGCUCUAUGAGCAUUACCCGAUCUUCUGGCACAAUGUCCACAAGCGGCUGCGCUGUGCGGACACCGUGAGGGGCCGCCAUGAGGCACUCCGUGAUCUUCAGCUGGCCCUGCGCCUGUCCGGUAUUAAUCUGUCCUCGCUGGUUAUUAAACGGCGGCUGCAGUCUCUGCGGAAACGAUAUCGCCUGGAGAAGAUCCGCUAUCUGCAAUGCGUGGUGGAGGGCAAGCAAGCGGAGUUCGUCGCCGGCUUUGAGCACUACGAGGAGAUGGAGUUCCUUCAUAUUCACAUUGAUCCAUAUGUGUGCGCUGUCUGCGGCAAGAUCUUUGAGAAUUUGGCGAGUCACCAGGCGCACGUGCAAAGCAACUGCCAUAUCCAGAUGGAAAUGGAUGUUGGCCCAGAGAAAGGGAAAGAAGCUGAAGAGGGGGAGGAUGAGAAGGGGGAGCGGUCAGAACUUGUGCAGGAACAAGAUGUGGAAUUCCACAUUCUACAGGAUCUUCAGCACGUUGAGUACCCGCAUCAGGUGGAACCGAACUUUGAGCAGGUGGAGAAUCUCCCCCCUGUAACGGGCCUUCACACGACGACAAUCUUCCAGCAGCUUCCAGAUACCCCACAAGUGCAGAAUAACGAAGAUCUCCAAAAGGUAGAAAAUAUCCCGCAAAGAAUUAAACUUGUGGCAAAUCUCCGGGUGGCGGAUGCGGAUAAUCGUGUAUCUGUCGUGGAGGGGACAGUAGGGUCUGCGCCUGACCGCGAGCAAGAAACCUCUCUAUCCUGUCUGUCCGAGGGUUGCUCCGCCACCAAUCUGGAAGCUUUGCCAUCCGUGGUGCCAUCCGAGUUGGAGCACAGGGAGGGCUCGCCCGUCCGCCUCAGCCGGCAGCAGACAAUGAAGCUGAUCAAGCUGUACCGAGAAAACAUGUGCCUGUGGGAUCCCAACCACCUGGACUACCAUACACGCAAGCACCGCCGCCUGGCUUGGCAGAGAGUCACGGACGAGUUAAACAGGAGCGAGGGCACAGACACGCGCCAGAGAUACAGCUGGCAGAUGCUACACCGAAAGAUCACGGACUAUACGAAGUAUUACCGCCGGGAGCGACAGAGGGAUCAGGAAAAGAAGCUCGGGGAGGAGACCACCAAAUGGAGCUUCUACGAAGAAUUCCGCUUCCUGGACGACGUGCUUCCCAUCAGCAGUGUAAUACAGAAUACGCUUAACCAGCGGGACAGUACCCUCAAGAUCAUCGCCGUAUACCAGAGCUAUGCCCAGCUCUGGUGCACCGACCACCCGGACUACACGAAGCGGCGGCAGCGCCAGCGGCAAUUGGAGUCUCUCUGCACGCGCCUGCAGGAGGAGUGCAACCUGCAGAUUACUGUGGAGCGACUCAAAGGCCGGCUUAUCGAUUUUCGCUGCCAGUAUAGGCAGUGCAAGGAAGCGCGGAUAGCGGCCCUCAAGAAGGCCGAACCCUGGACUCCCGAGUACGAGUACUACGAGCAACUCCGCUUCCUCGAGCUGCACGUGUCGCCGUUCGUUUGCCCCCGAUGCACGGCAGCAUUCAAGCGUCGCACAGACUUCUUGCAGCAUGAGCGCAACGUUCACCUGGAUCAGGAAAAGGCCCUGAACGGCGAAUAUGGAUUCGUGAGGCGACGCAGAUGUCGAACGGAUAAAGACAGCCCCAAUGACCUAUCCAAUGUCUGCCACAUUUGCGGCCUAAAGUUCUCGCUACGCAACAGUCUACUGGCUCACCUGCGGCGGCAUCUCGGCCAGCGCACUCACAUCUGCUCGGAGUGCCCCAAGAAGUUCUUCAACUCGACGGCCCUGCGCGUUCACCAGCGCAGUCACAGCAAGGAGCUGCCUUAUGUGUGCGAGCACUGCGCUCGGGGCUUCGUCAACGCCAGCAAGCUUAACCAGCACGUGAAGCGGCACCGCAACCAACGCGACUUCCCCUGCAACCGGUGCGACAAGGCGUUCUACACUGCCCACGAGCGCGACCGGCAUAUUCGCGCCCACCUUAACAUACGCGACAAGGUCUGCCCCCACUGUUCGCGGGCCUUUGUCGUGGGCAGCGCUUAUUACUCCCACCUUAACCUCCACCGCAGCGAGAAGCGCUACUCCUGCGCCAACUGCGGUCGCCGCUUUGCGCAGUACGCUGGCCUGUACAAGCACCGCCGACGCUGUGUUCCCACUGAUGUACAGGCCGAGGAUUAAUCAGGGAUCAGGAUCCGUCCUACGCUUCCGCCUUGGUCCAUUCUUCCAGAAUAAACCUUCGGAAUGUACCCAAAACCCUUAUGACUAGAAUCCUAAUGGCUUAUUAGACAUCUCCUGUACUCGUACCUAGUUAAAUUCGAUGUCUCAUUCAAGAAAUUACAAAUUCAUUUCUACUCGCUUAUUGUUAAUGAA